CAUGACGGGGCACAACAAGGAGAAGCUGCACACGGGAGAACGCCCCUUCGACUGCUCGGAGUGCAAAAAGAGUUUCAAGACGGCCAAUGUCCUGGAGGCCCACAGGCAAGUCCACACGGGCGAGAAGCCCUGUGGCUGCUCCACAUGCGGCAAGAGCUUCACCUCGUUGUCGUGGCUGCGGGAGCACCAGUGGGUGCACAGCAGUGAGCGGCCUUUCACCUGUUCCGACUGCGGCAAAGGCUUCACGUCGUCCACGAACUUGAAGGUGCACAGGUGCCUGCACACUGGGGAGCAGCCCUACACCUGCAGCGACUGCGGCAAGGGCUUCUCCAACUCCAGCAACCUGCUGAAGCACAAGGGCACCCACACCGUCGAGCAUCCCUACACCUGUGCCCAUUGCGGCAAGGACUUCACCCCUUCCAGCAGCCUGCAGCAACACCAGCGCACCCACACUGGCGAGCGUCCCUACACCUGUGUCCAGUGCGACAAGGGCUUCACCCAAAACAGCCACCUGCUGGUUCAACAGCGCACCCACACUGGCGAGCGCCCUUACACCUGUGACCAGUGCGACAAGGACUUCCCAAGCUCCAGCAACCUGAUGGAGCACCAGCGCAUCCACACUGGCGAGCGACCCUACACCUGCGACCAGUGCGGCAAGGGCUUUAUCUACUCCACCAGGCUGCUGUCCCACCAGCGCACCAACACCGGCGAGCGUCCCUAUAACUGUGCCCAGUGCGGCAAGGGAUUCACCCAUUCCAGCAGCCUGCUGAGCCCCAGACCUGUGUCGUGGGCUUUCGCAUAA